UACCGUAAAUAGCAAUUUGAGGCUGCCCGCGUCAAUCGGUACGCAGCCUGCCAAGCGCGCAACCAGCGACAACUUCAAGCAUUGCAACGCUAGCGAGUACCUGUACUGCCAGUACAGCAUAGACAUUCUCUCGAAGCGCCUCUCAGAAGCUGCGGCCACUGUGUACUGCUCGGCUUGAGCAGUCGCCCCCAGUCUUUCACCCUGGCUACCCUCUUCACCAUGUACCACGACACCGACACGGACCUGGUCCGUGCAUGGCAGCUCCUCCACGAGCUGAGCGAGCAGAACGCGCAUAACCUCAAGCUCUCGAACGCGCUCCGGACACAGGCCAGCACGCUGAAGGACGAAGCUGCCCAUGUAUCAAGCGGGGUGUCUCUCAGGCGGUUCAACGUCGAUCUUUCGAGAGAGGUCUUCGAGUCUGAACUGGAGCGGGCAAACGCGCAGAUUAUCAUCGAAAACCACUCGCUGCUGCAUGAGAACCGGCAGCUCAGCCUGCUCCUAAAAGAGUAUGAACAGACCAUGGAGACCAUCAUGUCCAAAUUUCGAAGCCACGCUCUGGCCUCGCAAAGACACGAGCUCACACUCGCACAACAUUACGAGAGUCUCAUCAUGGCACGCGAGACGUCCCUUAUACAAGCGGAUCUGUCCGGCAACACCGCCGUCACCGAGUCCCUCUCUCAACUCGCACGAAAUCUCCGCGCCCUUCUCCGAAGUCUGAGCGGCGAAGACCCAGAGCCCUCCGACCAUAGUCAAGAACAGGGCCCGUCAUCCGAAGGCGGGCCCAGCGAGGAAGAGCUCCUCGACAGCCUGCUCGGGCGGGACGACUGGGCCCUCGAGCGGGAGGCGGAGAUCGCACGGCUGAGCCAGGAGAACGAGGAGCUGCGGAAGCUCCUCGGGAUCGACCGCGCCUCGGCAGAGGCGAACGGCUGGCUGGCGGACGAGGCGCGCGAGCUCGCCGUGCUCGACAGGCGGCAUUCGCCCUUCCUGCAACGAUCGGAGAGCCCAGGCGCGAUGGGCAACUCCCGCCCACAACCGGGCAGCUACGAGCCCAUGCCGCCUCUGGGCGGCGCGGGUGGCGGGAGCGUGAUGCUGUCGGGUGGAAAUAUGCAGGGUGUGUCGCAGUUCCAACAACCAGGCAUGCGGGGGACGUUUAACCGGCGACCAGCGAUGUUCGGCCAACGGGGAAGGGGCGGUGGCUCGCAGAUGUGGGACGCAGUUAGUCCUAUUGAGCGAGUGGGACCUUGGUUCAUUAGAGACGCAUCUGAAGCGAACCGGUGAACCGCAUGUAUCUUAUUCUUGCUGUCCUUCAUACCACACAUAGUGAUAUCCUAUAUAUUCACCUCGUCACGAACCAGGCGGCAGAGCCUUGCUGGUGACAGGCCUCAGCA